CGGCAACACUGUUCAAUAGUUAGUGAAAAAGAAAAUAAAAAUAAAAGUAUUUUCAUUAGUAACAUUUUUAUAUUUCUUGUGUUUGCGUUUAUUUAUUUUGUUAUACCUUUUUCUUAUAACCAUACGGGCUUAAAAACAUAUAUUUUAGAUUAGAACAGAAGACAUCCAGUUAAAUUACAAUAUUUAUUUUCAAAUUCCUGAACUUAGUUCGAUGAAAUCCUAAAAUGGAAUUUCAAAGCAAUAAUGAAGCCAAUACUUCUGAUAGCACAAAUUAUGGUAUUCCACUUAUUUCAGAAAAUAUCAAUAAAAAUGAUGUUAAAGAAGAUCUGCCAAAUACUAUAGAAGAGGAAAAAGAGUUAGACAUAGAUGUGUCUGUUCAACUAAAUGAUAUAUGUAGAGGCUGCCUUCGUAUAACCACCGUAAAAAAUAUGCAACAAAUAUUUAUUGGUGGUAUGAACAUUAUAACUAUGUAUGAGAAUAUUUCCAAAAUAAAGAUGGAAUUUGAUAAUUUACCAACUAUGAUUUGUUCAAAUUGUAUUGGAGAACUGACAAAAAGUAACAAUUUCAUCAAAAUGCUGCAACAAUCAGCUACAAUUCUUAACAAGGCAAUACAUAAAAUUAAAACACUCAAUGAAAAAAUAAAGAUUGAUACAGACUUACACAAAAUGAAAAACACAAUUAGUCUGACAGAGGCUCUUGGUAGAAAUCAUUCAGAGAAAAUUUUAACGGGUAUUGAAGAAAUUGAGAAAAAAGAUGAGAAUCAAAGCCAUGAAAUAUUUGAAAAUGAUAUAUUUGGUAUCAAUAAUGCUGACAGCUCUUCCAGUGAUGAUUUACCUUUAUCACACAAAUUUAAAUUAAAUGCACCAAAUAUUUCAACAGUUAUAAACGACAACGAAAUGGAAUUGAAUAAAUUUUAUUUAACAAAGAAAAGAGGCAGGAAAAGAAAAAGUAUUCUUGAAAAUUUGCAAAAUAACAACAAAAUUAUAGAUAAGCAAGAGAAUGAUAAUGAUAUAUUAACUUCGACAGAUAUUUGUCCCAUAUGUUGCAAGAAAAUUAGGCACAUUUCAAACCAUUUACAGUUAGUCCAUCUAACAAACUGGAAUGAAUCUCGAUGUCUAAAAUGUUCAUAUCACAACGAAGAUAAGGAAAAACUUGCAGAACACUGUCGAAAUUGUGUGAAAACAGAAAACCCGGAUAAUCCAGUUGAUGGUCAAGUUGAAUAUUUUGAAAACAAAUCGAAUGAUGAAGAAGAUGAUGAUUUUAAUGAUGAUGCUGAUCAAGAUUUUGAACUUUACGAGGAAAGAGAUGACUUUGAGGAAGAUGAGAAUGAUGUAAAAGCACCUGAACAAACAUCUGGAAAUCAGUCAAUUAUUUUACAUUCUAAAGGUCAAAGAAAAACAUACAUAUGUAAUAAGUGUGAAGAUGUUGACUUUCCAAACUAUAAACAUAUCGAAUCUCAUUUGAAGACUGAUCAUGCUGAAGAAAAAUCAUGUAUUCUUUGCUAUGAGAAAUUCACCAAUUCGUUGAACGUUCUCUAUCACAUGAUGGUAAAACAUGGCAAAUUAAAAUGUUGCAGAUUAUGUUUGGUCAGUUUCAAGAAUUCAGAGGAACUUCAUGCACAUUACAAAUCAGAGGAACAUAAUACUAAGUGUACUGUUUGUAAAGAAGAGUUCAAAAAUAGAAAAUCUCUAUAUGAGCACAGAAGAAAAAAACACCUGAAUCCUCAAUUAGAAAAUCAAAAGUACAAAUGCCCUAAAUGUCCAAAAGAAUUUGCAAACUCAAAUAAUAUAAGAAGGCAUAUUAUGGUGGCUCAUAAUGAUCAGAGAUUUUUAUGUGAUACUUGUGGUCAAAGUUAUACCACAAAAAGAAAUCUGAAACUUCAUAUUCAAAAGUUCCACGAAGGAAUUGAGGUCCAAAACAAAGUUCCCAAAAAGAACUUUUUCUGUGAAGCUUGUGGUAGAGAACUCAAGAUUUUUCACAAAUACGCCAUUGCACUGCACGUGGCCAAACAUAAAGGCCACAAUUUUGUAUGUAAAAAAUGUUAUGAUUCCUUCUCAUCAGAAGACCUGUUUGAAAAACAUGUUGAAGAAUCUGGUCAUGAAUUAUUUAAAUGCGACAAAUGUGCAUCCCAAUUUGUUAGAGAAGAAAACUUUAAGAUUCAUUUGAAAAAUCAUGAUGCUCCUGGAUGGAACAAGAAUAUGUUCGCUACCUGGGGCAAAUCAGCAAAACUAAGAAAUGAGAAGGGUGAAUUUGUAUGCAGCUACUGCCCAAAGGUAUUUAAAGACAAGCAGAGAUUAGACAAUCAUGUUAGAGUCCACACAAAUGAAAGACCUUAUAAAUGUCACAUAUGUAGUAAGGGCUUCAAAACCUGGAUACAUAGAAAGACACAUUUAAAUAUACAUUUAGGAAUCAAAAAGUGGGUUUGUAAAUACUGCAGCAAAGCUUUCACAAAUUCCUGCACUUUGAAAGGUCAUGAAAUGUUACAUACUGGAGAAAGACCUCAUCAUUGCCCAGAAUGUGAAAAAGGUUUUAUUACAACGUCAGCCAUGAAGAAACACCAAAUGGUACAUUUUAGAAAUUCGAAUUAUUCCAAGAAGGAUAAAGUGAUCCAAAAAGACGAAGAAAAAGUUAGCAGUGACCAUGAGGAACAUGGCGAAUUUCUUUACAAAUACGGCCAAAUAUUUAGCGGAACUGAUGUCAAUUAUGAUGAGAGUUUUACAGAUCCUCCGAAAGAAUCUGUCAGCCUUGUUGCAAUUGACAAAGAACUCUCCUGCUAAAGAGAUAUAUUUAUAUUUUAUAGGUUUAUACAGUGUUUUCACGUUAAAGUAUUAUUAGUUUCUUUUUUGUAUGUAAAUAGGUGAUUGAAAUAUAUCAACUUAUCAAGUA